UUACUUACCGCUUUAAUAUAAAUAGUAUUAAUAAUAAAAAAAUAUCUAAAAAGAAAAAGAUAUUAAAAAACCAAAAAAAGAGAAAUUGAGCGACUCGAGGUGGAGAUAUUCAAAUUACAGAGCAAAAAAGUGGAACUGGAAAAAGCUGUGAAUCGAGCAAUUCGAUUGCUUCGCUUUACAGUGUUCUAGAAAAAGAGAGGGAGAGAGAGAGAGAGAGAGAGAGUAUAGCGAGAGUUCGUUUUGUUCGUGAAGAAAGUUGGAAGUGAAAAGAAACUCAAAUUAGGGUAAAAUCUAGGGUUUAGGCGAAGAUGACGGAUGUGAUACUUCACAUAUACGACGUGACGAAUAGUGGAUCGGAGAAGACCAACAACACUAUUAUGCAAAUCAACAAGAUCUUCAAAGACGGUAUUGGCGUCGGCGGUAUCUUCCACAGCGCUGUUCAGGUAUAUGGCGAUGAAGAAUGGUCUUUUGGGUUUUGUGAAUAUGGAUCAGGAGUUUUUAGUUGCCCAUCUGGAAAGAAUCCUAUGUAUUCAUAUCGUGAAUGCCUUCUCCUUGGAAGAACAAACUAUUCAAUCUCCAAGGUUAAUCAGAUCUUGCGGGAACUUAGUCGAGAUUGGCCUGGAAGUUCAUAUGACUUGUUAUCCAGAAACUGCAACCACUUUUGUGAUGAGUUUUGUGAAAGGCUUGGUGUGCCUAAGCUUCCAGGCUGGGUUAAUCGUUUUGCCAACGCUGGUGAUGCUGCCAUGGAAGUAGCAGGAACCACUGCACUGCGGUUGAAACAAGCCAGGACAGAGAUUGUAUCAGCUAGCAAAGUGGCUUAUCGAUUCCUUUUGGGUGUUGCUAGCAAUGGCAAUGGGCCUGAUCCUGAUUCCCCAAGCAAUUCAAACAGAGGAACACCAAGAUUUCAAGCAGCUUGGUUUAAAAAUCUCAUAACAACCGGUGCUAAACCAUCGAGUAGUUCAGAUAUCGAAACUAGCCAGGGGGAUACGUCAUCCACAACAGAAACGAAUUCGUGCAGAACUCCCGCCACAAACUGAAUCUACUUCAUGAUAUUGGAGGAAAGUUUUUCCCCAGCAAGAUAUUCAUUGUGUAUCAAAUGUAAAGUGUCCAAUCGUUGCAAUUAAAAUUUGUUCAAUUGACACAAAGGUUUCUCCUCACAAACUGGUUAUUUGCUUGAUUCUUCAUUCAAGUGUUUAAAGUUCUCGAGCUGUGCUUGAGGUAGUGUUCUUUCUCAAAAGACAAUCAAAGUUCUAGUUUUAUUUUUUA